AUGCUAUGUUCAAGGUUUUUUAGAAAAGGUGCAAAACAAGGAAUUGUAGUUGCUGGUGGGCAUAGUAUGGGUAAUAAUUUCAAUCAAUUAGCUUAUCCCAAAGGAUUGAUUGUCGAUCAUUUGGGUAAUGUUUAUGUGGCUGAUCCUUCCAAUUAUCGAGUGAUGCGUUGGCUAAAUGGAUCUCAAGUGGGUAGUAUUAUUGUUGAACUACUUAGUUGUGUAGAAAACUCAGAUGGUAUGUGUCUUCUCGACGAUAUAUCAUUAGAUCGACAAGGAAAUCUAUACAUCGUCAACACUUUCAAUCAUACAGUACAAAAGUUUUAUAUUGAUGAUUGA